GCGCCCGUUUGUUGACAUCGAUGUCGCGACGCCGCAUGUGUGUGGAAAUUAAAGAUGUUUUGACAUUUGUCUUCUGGCUUUCGGAUAAUUAGAGGCAAAAGCUGCGUUUUUCCACACGGAUCUGUGGAAAACCUGUAUGUAAAAGGUAUGUAAAAGAUGACAGCCCAGGAGGUGCGUCUGUGUGGUCUUCUCCUGCGGGAGCAUUUUGGAGAACUGGUGGAGAAAGUGGCAACACACCUGCUCAGAAGUGGUGCACAAAGUUUAAGAACCAUCGUUCACGAAACUGGAAUCUCGGUGGACCUGGUAAAGAAGUCUCUCUGCGUGCUUGUGCAGCACGGGGCCUGUCUGUUCACCCCGGGUCGGAAAGGACCCGGGAGCCCACCAGAGUAUCGAGCCUGCUGCGAUCGGAUCCUGAGAAUUCUGCGCUACCCACGUUAUAUCUACACUGCCAAAACCCUGUACGGUGAUGCAGGCGAGUUAAUCAUAGAGGAGUUGCUACAGAGAGGCCACAUGAUGAUGAGCGUCACGGUUAAGACCGUCGCAGACCGUCUCACACAGAACAUGGAGGAGGGACAGAGCAUAGAAUACAGUGAAGUAUCUUCUGCCUUUUCCAAACUGGUGGAGACCCAUUUUCUUCAGCGUUGCCCUCCAUUGGCUGUAGCAGGAACAGCAGACAGCACCCCACAGGAACCCAGUUUGGCUCCUGCAGGGCCUGUUAGUACCGUCCUGCCCACACCAGAGAGCUUCGCUGACUGCUAUACGGUUCCUCAUGUGACACUCACAGGACGGGGCAAGCGUCAGCUUGCUGUUGAGGAUGGAGAGGACCAAAGGAAUGCCAAAAGGGCUAAAAUGGAUUUAGAGACGCAUGGUGAUGAGGGGAUUUACUGGCAGGUGAAUGUGGAGCGGUUCCAUCAGCUCUUCAGAGACCAGGCGAUCAUCAGUGCUGUCGCCAACAAACUGGAUCAGACGAGCAGUGAAAUCGUUAGGACCAUGUUGAGGAUGAGUGAAGUGACGACAUCGCCGACAGCCACCGCCACAAAGCCGCUGUCAGCCAAUGAGAUCUUCAGGUCCUUACCAGCCAGUUACAACAUCCCGAGACCAAUCUUAGACCAGUACCUCACUCUACUGGUAGACGACCCGAUGGAGUUUGUGGGGAGGGCUGGUGAAAGUGGUGGAGGAAUAUUUGUUGUCAAUCUGCACAGAGCUUUGGCCAACCUGGCACGAGCCACACUAGAGUCUGUGGUACAGGAGAGAUUUGGCUCUCGAUCAGCUCGUAUCUUCCGUUUGUUGCUACGGAAACGUCAUCUGGAGCAGAAGCAAGUGGAAGAUUUUGCCAUGAUUCCAGCAAAAGAGGCUAAAGAAAUGCUAUACACACUGCUUUCACAGAACCUGGUCCAGCUGCAGGAAAUCCCCAAGACACCAGACUACGCUCCCUCUCGCACCUUCUAUCUUUACACUGUCAACCAGCUCCCUACUGCGAGAAUGCUGCUGCAAAACUGUUACAAGACGGUGGCCAACCUCAUAGAGCGACGUCUGUUUGAGACCAAAGAGAGCAAGCGCCUCCUGGAGAAAUCCCAACGAAUCGAAGCCAUUUUGGCGUCUCUGCAGGCCAGUGGGGCUGAGCCCGAACAGCUGACUGAGGUUGAGGAGAUGAUCACUGCUCCUGAAAAACUACAGCUUGAUAACUUAAGGCUUCAUGUUAACAAGUUAGAUUCAGCUGAGAACCAAGUAGAUGAAACCAUCUUUCUGCUGGAGACCUACGUCAUCUCUACAGGAUCCACAAGUUGAGUCAGACGUUGGUGCACGAAGAUUCACCCACAAUUUUCUUAAGAACCGUUUUUCUUUUGCUCUCUGUAUAUGAUUGCUAUCAGAUAUGACUGUUUUAGAGUUUAUACAUGGCGUAUUUCUGUUAGAGUUAAAAUCUGAACAGGUUAUUUUAAUGACAACAGUAAUAAAUAAACAGAACACAAUAACUUUUUUUUCCU